AUGUUUUGGAAUGCUAUUAACGAUCCUCUCUUCGGUUACUUGCAGGACAAACCUGGCUCAUGGUUGAAUUCGCGCACGUGGGUCAUUCGGUCAUUUGCACCGUUUAUGGUCACUUCAUUUGUGUUCAUGUGGGUGCCGUGGUCCGAAGGAUCAUCGCUUGAGGGCAUCCAUCUCAUAGUGUCUCUUUUCUUGUACGAUGCGUUUUUCAGCGCAAUUGGAGUUUCGUGGAGUGCGCUAUUCGCUGAUUCUACCAAAGAUCCAAGAAUGCGGGUUUCGGCAAUGAAGUAUAGUCAGAUUAGUAUUCUAG